CAGCCCUGAGGAGGCGUCCUGCGGCUGGGAGAGAGGAGCGCGGCCCUCCUGCAGCCCUCCUGCGGCGCUCCGGGACGCUCCUACUAAGAUGUCCCUCAGCAGCGGUCCUGCAGGCGGGAAAGGUGUGGACUCCAACGCGGUGGACACGUACGACAGCGGCGAUGAGUGGGAUAUCGGUGUCGGCAAUCUGAUCAUCGACCUGGACGCCGAUUUGGAGAAGGACAAACUAGAGAUGUCUGGCAGUAAGGAGGGAGGGGGCAUGGCCGCCCUCCCCGCCCCUCCCAGCGCUGUGGCUGCUUUACCUGACAAUAUAAAGUUCGUUAGUCCUGUAGCCGCCACGCAGGGCAAAGAGAGCAAAUCCAAAUCUAAACGUAGUAAAAACUCUAAGGAGAGCGUUAAGGCCCCGGUAUCAGACGGAGCCAAGAAGGAGGUUCAGGGUCGUGCCCCCGGAGACCCACCGCCGCCCCAAAACCCCAACUCCACCCCGACUAAAGGAACUGACAAGUCUAGUAAACCUUCGCGUACGCUCCCCGCUGUGAAAAAGGAGAAGGACGGAGCGAGCGGGAAGACUAAGAAAGAGAAAAUGGAGGUGGUGGUUAAUAUUAACGCCGAGAAAGAGUCCGGGGCCCCCAUCUUGCCUUUAGGGGCCCCUCGCGGCAGCCCCUUCGAGGGCCAGCAGAACCCCGAGCUGGCCGCGGCCGAGCAGCUCGGGAACAUGGCGCUGGACGCGGCGGCGGUGGCGGUGGGGAUCGGGCAGCCCGUUGCCAUGACGACGGAGCAAGAGGAGGUGGACAACGGUGAAUGCCGAAACCUGAAGAAAUUGGUCGGUGGCGAAAAGAUGGAGUCUCCUGUCUCCACCCCGGCUCCUCCUCCGCUCCACCUCCUCGUCCCCGUCGCCAACAGCGACAUCUCGUCUCCGUGCGAGCAGAUCAUGGUCCGCACGCGCUCAGUGGCGGUGAACACGGCCGACGCUGCGCUCGCCACCGAACCGGAGUGUUUAGGACCCUGCGAGCCGGGAACCAGCGUCAACCUGGAGGGCAUCGUGUGGCAGGAGACGGAGGACGGCAUGCUGGUUGUCAACGUCACCUGGAGGAACAAGACGUACGUUGGGACUCUGCUGGACUGCACGAGACACGACUGGGCCCCUCCAAGGUUCUGCGACUCUCCCACCAGCGACGUAGAGAUGCGUAGCGGGCGCGGCCGAGGGAAGCGGAUGCGUCCGAGCAGCAACACGCCGCUCAACGACAACAGCAACUCCUCCGACAACAAAGGGAGCGGCAGCAGCAAGACGCGCGGCGCCGCUGCCAACAGCAAAGGCCGGCGAGGAAGCCAGACGGCCGGCGGAGUCGAGGACGCCAAAGCCAGCCCGUCGUCCGCCAAGAGGAAGACCAAACCCGCCUCCGAUAUGGAGCCCACCUCCAGCUCGGAGGACACCAAGGCGUCCAAACGCAUGAGAACCAACUCCACCGGCGCCGCCACGCAACUUCCCGGAGGUAAAACCGACCCGUUGCCCCCGCCGCCGCAGCUGGAUCGGACUUGCCCCUCCCCCGUUCUCAUCGACUGCCCCCACCCCAACUGCAACAAGAAAUACAAGCACAUCAACGGGCUGAAGUACCACCAGGCCCGUUCCCAUAACGACCACGACGUCCGGUUGGACCAAGACGGAGACAGCGAAUACGGAGACGACCCCUCCCUUCAUCCGGACCCUUCCUCUUGUAACGGUGCCGCCAUUUCCCCCGCCCGCUCCACUACGCCGAAGGGUCGGGGGUUUGACGCCCCGUCGCCGUCGUCGGGGAAACUGGCGACGAAGCAGCAGGGGAAGAAGAAGGUAGGGGAGGCGGAGCUGGAGGGGACGGACGGCGGCGAGGAGGCGGGGUGUUUGACGGACGAGGCAAGCAACGACGGGAUGGACGACAGGAAGGGGAAGAAGAUGGCGGCGGGGGCGGGGAAAUCUGAUAAACUGACCCAGAAAGGGGUGAAGCCGGCACGGCCCGUCGCCCCCACCGCACCCAACGCCCCCUCGCCGUACGCCCUGCAAGCCUCCUCCCCCGCGCUCGGCUCAGUGGUUCAGUCCGUCCCAAAAAGCCCCCAACUGAAAAGCAUCCAACCGAAGCCACCGCCGCUCGCCGACCCCGCCUCAAGUCCCGCCCUCGCCAAAGACAAGAAGAAGAAGGACAAAAAGAAGAGGGAGGGGGGGAAGGAAGGGGACAGCCCGAAGUCGAUGGGGAAGGGGGGGCGACCGGAGGAAGGGAAGAGCCCGUAUUCGGAGGACGCUUUGCUCAACGGCUCCACGGAAGCUCAUCAGAGCCGUUUGGCUAGCAUCAAAGCGGAGGCGGAUAAAGUCUACAGCUUCUCCGAUAACGCUCCGAGCCCUUCCAUCGGAGUCGCCAGCCGCAUGGAAGCCGGCCUCGGCCCCCCGCCGCUCCACCUCAACCAGAACGGGGCCGACAACGCCUCCGUCAAAACCGGCAGCCCCGCCUACUCUGACAUCUCCGACGCGGGCGAGGACGGAGGCGGCGGUGGUGGUGGCGGCGGCGGCGAGGGGAGAGCGGAAGGCGUGAAAGUGAAGCAAGAACCCGAUCAGCCGCCACUUCCACGCGAAGGAGCCAAAAAAGCGUUGUUCCCUCCUCAAGCUCCGAGUAAAGAGUCGCCUUAUUACCCCAAUUACGACUCCUACUACUCACCGAGCUACCCCAACCCAAGCCCGGGAUCGGCCCCCGCGGCGGCGCCCCACGUGGAAGGAGCGCAGGUGAAAGUGAAGAAGGAGGAGGAGCAGCCAGAGGUUUCGGAGGAGCUCAAACUGAAGGUGGAGCCUCCGGAAGAGAGGAAGAUCGAGCCGCUUCCUCAGCAGCAGCAGCAGCAACAGCAGCAGCAGCCGUCCGUCAUCCAGCAGCGCUCCAACAUGUACACGCAGCCGCUCUACUACAACCAGUACUACGUGCCCCCCUACUACUCCCCCGACCAGGCCUACCACGCCCACCUGCUCGCCUCCAACCCCGCCUACCGCCAGCAGUACGAGGACCGGCAGCGGCAGGCCGACAAGAAGGCAGAGAGCAAAGAGCGGGAAGCCUGCGGGAAGGACGAGUGGAAGCAGAAAGCAUCGGUUCCCCCGACUCUAUCCCGAGCCCCCAGCCUCACAGAUCUGGCUUCUAAAGGGGGGCUGAACCCCGCCAAGUCCAAAGAGCCUCUGUCGGCUUCGGAGCAGGCCAAGUCGGUCAUCAUGGCGAAGGGAGACGACCCCAAAGCCCCCGUCGCCGGCGGCCAGCAGCAGCAGGAGGGGCUGAAGAUGAAGCUGAGCGAAGCGGGGCAUCAUAUAAUUAAAGAGGAGCCCAAACCGGGAGGAGGGGAGUCGGGUCGGCCGACGGGUGUGGAGCCCGCCAUGUGGUACAGACAGGAGCCGGACUCGCGCCUGUGGCCCUACGUCUACCCCAACAAAUACUCCGAAGCCCCGAAACCGCAGCAGGAGGAGGACCGGUGGAAGGAGGACCGGGAGCGAGAGCGGGACAGGAAGGUGAAGGAGGAGCGGCCGCGGCUGAAGGCUGACGGUCUGCAGAAAGAGGAGGCCAAGGAAGGAGCGGAGGGCAGGACGCAGCUGCCUCCAGACGAGCACCGGGGCGUCGGCGGCGGGGGGAAGGAGGUGCGGCCCCCCCACAUGCAGUUCUCCUCUCCGCUGGCCCAGCACCAGGGUUACAUGCCCUACAUGCACGGACCGUACGCCUACAGCCAAGGCUACGAACCCACACACCCAGGAUACAGAGGCAUGCCCUCCGUCAUGAUGCAGAACUACCCUGGUUCGUACCUGCCGGCCGGUUACUCCUUCCCCUCGUACGGAGGAAAGGUGCCGGCGGGUGAGGAGGGAGAGAAACCCUCCAGGUCCAGUCCGACGGUGAAACCGCCGGGCGAGGCCAAAGCUCUGGACCUGCUGCAGCAGCACGCCAGCCAGUACAAGAGCAAAUCCCCGUCCAUCCAAGACAACAAGACUCCGCAUGAGCGGGAGAGAGACAGAGAGAGAGAGCGCGACCGGGAGCGAGAGGGCGACCGGCCGCGAUCCUCGCCGUCCCAACGCAUCCUGCCUUCCCAUCAUCACAUGGGAUACCCGCUGCUGUCGGGACAGUACGACCUGUCCUACGCCUCAGGUCUCUCCUCUUCAGCCAUCGUCGCCAGUCAGCAAGCGUCCGCCCCGUCCAUGUACCCCCCCGCACGGAGGUGAGAACGGCACACCUGAUUGGCUGACCUCCACCUGCCCCCCCCCCCCACCGGAGUCAUGUGACUGGCUCACAUGAGGAAGCAUUUCCUGUUUGCGACAUCAGUUCAAUGGUGUUUGUGUAUGUUUGAUUACUCUGCCUGGAUGUCCAGCCUGAGCCGGCCGCUCCGCUCCGCUGCCUCCUCACCGGACCGCCGAGGCCUAC